CUUCAUAUCACACUCUAUAAACCUUAAAAACGCAUAUUACCCAACCUCGUAGGAUCCGUGAUAUGCGAUCUUCUUAUCUAUAAAUGGCGCCGCUCAAUUUGUCGCCACUCAAAUUCCAAACCGAUACUCUUAUGAUACCACCGCUCUUUUACAGAGCUCUCUUCAAAUCCAUAUCGACCGCCAUCACCAUGUCUCUUCAAUCCACUUCUAAACCCAUCAAAUCUCGCCUCAGGGGAGUGGUUUUUGACAUGGACGGAACCCUUACAGUCCCCGUAAUUGAUUUUCCGGCCAUGUACAAAGCCGUCCUCGGCGAAGAUCAGUACCUUUCCAUCAAAUCCGCUUCCCCUUCUGGCAUCGACAUUUUGCAUCAUAUCGAACAAUGGGAACCUUCCAAGCAACAGAAAGCUUUCGAAGUUAUUGCCGAUUUUGAGCGCCAGGGGCUCGAUCGACUCCAGGUUAUGCCGGGUGCUGCAGAACUUUGCGGGUUUCUUAAUUCGAGGAAUAUCAGAAGGGGACUUAUAACUCGUAAUGUCAAAUUAGCUGUUGAUUUGUUUCAUGAACGAUUUGGGAUGUCAUUUUCUCCAGCAUUGAGCAGAGAAUUUCGACCUUAUAAACCAGAUCCAGCUCCCCUGCUUCAUAUAUGUUCAACAUGGGAAGUUGAACCUCAUGAAGUGAUGAUGAUUGGAGAUAGCUUGAAGGAUGAUGUGGCUUGUGGGAAAAGGGCAGGAGCAUAUACAUGUUUGCUUGAUGAAACAGGAAGAAUGAGAGGCUUCAGUUGUUCAAGAUUUUUUUGGGUAGAAGAAGCAUUGAAUUGA